ACUUACAUACGUAUUGCGUCUGCAUAUUUGUGAACUUCAAGUUUGACAUGAGAUUAUCAAGAGGUUUAAUCUGGUUUUCCAGAGUCUUUACUUUCCAGUGGAAGACUUCCAUGCAUUCACGACUGUCAUGUGGCUUAUGUUCAUUCUACUACAUAUACAUGUCUAAAAAUCCAUAAAUCUCUCUGGUUCUGGUGUCACAACGAAUGGACAGAUAUCAGAUCCAGAUCAGACUAUAUAUGUGUACAUAAUCUUCUCUUGUUUUUACAGAUUUUUAAUAACAUUUGCCUAUUUGCAAAUCUCUUAUUUGCAUGUGUACAUAGGUAUAAAUGUGCGAAUUAUAGUUGACAACUCAGAAUUUGUUCUUUCGUCACAAAGAGAAACUUUCUCCGGUCUGAAUGAUGUCAAAGUCAAACUCGCCGAAUCAUCGGUAUGGAGAAAGUGAAGAAAACCGUCAUUCUUCUUCGGGGUGGUCGAAGAGGACACGGUUUUUCGGCAUUAUUUUAACUACUCUGUCUGCACUUACAUUUUCACUAAAUGCACUAACGCUAAAAUUGCUCAAUCAUCUGCAUCCCUUCAACUUGGGUGUAUGGACGUUCCUACUAAUGACGGGGUUCUCAGCACUCUGGACUGUACGGAGAAAAUGUAAAACCAAUCUUGAAACUGGGAACUCUAUAGCGUUAUUACCAUCAGUGGAUAAGAAUAAAACUAUUGCAUUAUUGUGGUUGAGAGCAUUUCUGGGGGUUUGUGCGUUGACGCUAUUUUUCUACGCAAUGAAGUUUAUGGAUGUUGCAGAUGCUUUAUUAAUUGAUUCGACAUCUCCUAUUUUCGUCCAUAUUUUUGCGUAUGGGUUUCUCCAGGAGAAAUGUGCCAUUAGUCAAGUCUUUGCAACAGUUUUGGCUAUCGCUGGGAUCGGCUUUGUUGCACGACCUCCGCUAUUGACGGGCGAUACUCAAUACAAUGCCGACGUGUUGAUUGGUUGUGUUCUUGCAUUCGGAUGCAUGCUUUGUAUCACCUUGUCCUUAAUUGUGCUCAAAUUUCUAGAAACCGUUCCACAAGAUGUUGUGACUUUAGUGUUAGGAAUUUGGGGAACUGUGCAGUGCUUGGUCUUGUCCUUGUUACUUGGAGUCCUCCAGUUCCCUACUCAUUUUGAAGACAUUUGUAAGAUUGUUGGUACGGCCGUUCUCUUCUUCGUAGGUCAGACCUUACUCACGGUGGCACUGAAGCAUGAAGAUGCUGGACCAGUUGGCCUCCUUCGAACGACCGAGGUGUUGUUUGCUUUCGUUUGGCAGUUUGUCUUUCUCAACGUGGUCCCCAAUAUUUACAGCAUUCUAGGCGCAGUACUGAUAAUGAGCGGUGUUAUUAUAACACUUGUUCGAAAAUGGAUGGAUACGUCUGGUGGUGGAAAUACAUCAAUAAAUUAAACGGGUUGAUUGUAUGAGCUCAUGGUGUAUUUUUAUUUCUUUUGAAACUAAUCUCACUCAAGGAUUGUAGAGUGUUGAAAAUAACUACAAAGCAAAAAUAUGUUCAUGUUCCCAAGAUUAUUUAUGGCGACACAUUUGACAAGAAUAUGGAAUAAACUCGAACCAAACAGUAAAACUCGAAAUUAAA